GGACAGAAGCCACAGCCUGGCGUAAAAGGAGGUCCCUCUGGAGGUAAUUCAGGACCGAGUACCUACGGACAAAACCCAUACGAUGACGACAAGAAGCCAGACUCCGGUAACAAACCGCAAUGGCCCGGAUCACCGGCUGGUAAACCUGGUACCGAUCAGGGAAGCCACAGUCCAAAGGAUGACAAAGGACACCCGAAACCAACUCCAGGUCGCGGCCGUCCACGUCCAAAUGACGACGACAGCAAGAUCUUCCACAUAAACGUGAUUCCUGCUCAGGGUGGUCCGGGUGGCGUGAAACCUCACGGUACCACGAAAGCGCCUUUCGAUUCAACUAAAUCUCCAUUCGGUAGUGGACCCUCUGACACUGCGAACCCUGCGAAUCAGCCGAAUCUUCACGGUCAACCAAAUGCGCAAAAGCCUGGCUACCAACCUGGUCCUCAAGGAGGACCUGGUACCACGAAAGCUCCUUACCAACCUGGACCAUUUGAAUCAGGUACCACGAAAGCUCCUUACCAACCUGGACCAUUUGGAGCAGGGACCACGAAACCAAGUUAUCAACCUGGUCCUUUCGAUGGACCAGGUGGAACAAAGCCGAGCUACCAACCUGGACCAUUUGGAGCAGGGACCACCAAACCAAGUUAUCAACCUGGUCCUCACGAUGGACCAGGUGCAGCAACGCCGAGCUACCAACCUGGACCAUUUGGAACCUCAGGACCCACGAAACCAGGUUAUCAACCUGGU